UUCCCUCUCUCUUUCUUUCUCUCUGCUCUUCUUCAUCACUCACUCUUUCAACCAGGCACCAUGUUUCAGCAGUUCAGUUCCAGGUCUGGGGGCGGAGGUCGGAGUUUCAGUGUUCGCUCUGCUGCUGCCACUGUAGUUCCUGGUGGUAACAGAGGCAGCUUUAGUUCAGCUUCUUUGUCCCGCAUUGGAAGAGGAAAUGUGGGGCUUGGUGGUGGUGGCUUUGGGGGUGGCUUCAGCAGUAGAAGCCUCCAUGGUUUAGGUGGAAGCAGGGGUAUUCCCAUCAGCUUUGGCGGUGGAAGCAUCCAUGGUGGAGGACUUGGUUUUGGUGGCGGUGGGUUUGGUGGCGUUGGUUUUGGUGGCGGUGGGUUUGGUUUGGGUGGUGGACUUGGUUUUGGAGGUGGGGGAGUUGUGCCUGGCAGAUAUGGAAGGUGGGCAGGCAGUGUUGGUGGGGGGUUAGGUGUUGGCGGGCCAGGUAUGGGAGGCUUUGGGGGUGGCUUAGCUUGUCCUCUUCCACCUCCUGGGGGCAUCCAAAAAGUCACUGUCAACCCCAACCUUCUGGCUCCUCUGAAACUGGAGAUUGACUCAGAGGUCCAGAGAGUGCGAACUCAUGAGAGGGAGCAGAUCAAGACCCUUAACAACAAAUUUGCCUCCUUCAUUGACAAGGUCCGAUUCCUAGAGCAGCAGAAUAAGGUGCUGGAGACCAAAUGGGACCUGUUGCAAGGCACCACGACCACUCGGGUCAGCCUCGAGCCCAUGUUUGAGGCGUAUAUCAACAACCUCCAGUGCCAGCUUGAGAACCUGCUGGGUAACAGGGGGCAGCUGGAGGGAGAGUUGAGGAAUUUGCAGGACCUUGUCGAAGACUUCAAGAAGAAGUACGAAGAGGAAAUCAACAGGCGAACUGCUAUAGAGAAUGAAUUCGUGAUGAGCAAAAAGGAUGCGGACCAUAGCUUCAUGAACAAAGUAGAGCUUCAGGUGAAGGUAGAUUCCCUCAUUGAUGAGAUAAGCUUCCUGAGAGCGUUCUUCAAGGCCGAACUGGAUCAGAUGCAAGGGCAGAUCACUGACACCAAUGUGAUCCUGCAAAUGGACAACAACAGAGACCUGGACCUCAACAGCAUCAUCUCUGAGGUCAAAGCUCAGUAUGAGGACAUUGCUAACAGGAGCCGGGCAGAGGCAGAGGCUUGGUACCAGAGCAAGUUUCAAGAGCUUCAGACCACAGCCAUGACACAUGGGGAUGACUUGAAGAACACCAGGAAUGAGAUUUCGGAGUUGACUCGGAUAAUUCAGAGGCUGAAGGCUGAAAUCGAUAAUGUGAAAAAACAGAUUGCCGGGCUGCAAACAGCCAUUGCCGAUGCGGAGCAGCGUGGAGAGAUGGCCCUUAAAGAUGCCCGUGCUAAACUUUCUGAUCUCCAGAAUGCCUUGCAAACAGCCAAAGAUGAACUGGCUCAUCUUCUGCGGGAUUACCAGGAGCUAAUGAACGUCAAGCUGGCCCUGGAUAUUGAGAUUGCCACUUACAGGACUCUGCUGGAAGGAGAGGAGUGCAGGGGGGUGCAGAUGUCUGGAGAGUACGUGGAUCCUGUGAGCAUCUCUGUGGUCAGCAACACUACCAGCUUAGCAGGUGGUGGAGGAGGAGUCGGAGGUGGAUUCAGCCUUGGUGGAGGUCGUGGAAGUGGCCUUGGUCUUGGACUAGGGGGUGGUGGCGGCGGCGGCGGCAUUGGCGGUGGCGUUGGUGGCAUUGGUCUUGGUCUCGGAGUUGGCGGAGGUGGUGGAAGCAGUUUUGGCCAUGGGAUUGGUAGUGGCAGUGGGAUCAGCGUGGGAGGUGGUGGUGGGAAUGGGGUCAGUGUUGGAGGAGGCAGUUUUGGCUUGGGAGGGGGAAGCAGCUCUAGCAUAAAAUACGUCUCAUCCUCUUCAUCAAGCAGGAAAAUGGUAAGAUAAAGUGUAAAGAACCAGAGAUGCCUGAAUUUACCCAGGUGUUUGCUGUUGAUUGGCAGCAAUUUUCUGUCACCCCCUUUCCCAAAUGUAUCAUCUUUAAACAUUAACAAGGAUAAAAACCUUUAACAUCACAGAACAAAAUGUUGCUUAUCCCUGCGCUGAAGUCAAUGGGUUGGAAUGGGUCUGGGAGUUGAUACGUUUUCCUUAUGGCUUGGCUUUAUACUGGCCCUGAUUUUUCUGUCGGUCGCUCUAGUUUUACUCCCAGGACCUGACAGUGAGCCUGAUUUACUCAGCUGGGCUCCUUUCUCUGUCAUCUUACCACAGAGCAAAAUGAGUGCAAAGUGGAUGUUAUAAUCAGGCACCAGUUUCUAUCCACUCAGCACUGGUGUAAAAUAGCUGCUCAAGGUGUAGGACACAGAGAAGCAGACCCCUUGACUUCAGUGGAACGCCUCCUGACGUACUCCGAUACAAGUGAGCUCCAUCAGACUAAUUGCGGAGGGGCAGCCAAAGGUGCUUUCCAUGCCUGUGAACUGGGCCGUAUGUUUUUCUGUUCCACCACUUUCCCUGGAGUUCACGGUACCAGCUGCAACUCUUUGGCUCCCCAACAUUUCAGGGCUCCGUCAAGGUUGAAGCCAGUAAAGCCAUGUGGCCUUUCUCCAGUCGGGGAAUGUGCGGCAAGUCCAUUGCUCUGUCCGAGCGGGGAACAGACAUCCAGCGCACAAAAAACAUCACGUUGUGCUGCAGCUGGAUGAUAACGAAUGUGCAUGGUGCAUAGAUCUUGCGUUGGCUUCCCACCCCGUGAAGUUAGCCCACACCAUGGCUUGAGUACUGCUUGCUUGCUUGCUUUCUGACGGCCCACGGUUGUGCCUUGUACAUAACAUGUAACACUGUUGUUUGCUCGUGGUUAAAUGCUCCUCUUGCAUUGCCAAUAAACUGCAUUGU